AAGGCGUCAGAACCACCCAAGUACAAGGGCAACAAAGGCUCGGACAUCACUCUCGAACAAUGGUUACAGAAGAUGGGCCUUUGGUUCCGUGUUCAGAAUAUCACCACGGACGAUGACAAGAUUACCCUGGCCCUCAUGUACUUGGAAGGCGGCGCGCACGACUACGUCGAGGACUACGUCGAGACAGCAUCGAACGGUGGAACCCUUGGAUCCUGGACCGACUUCAUCAACCGACUCAAGGCAGGCUAUCGUCAACUGGCUCCCGAGAAGACCGCGCAAACAUCCCUCGAGGAGUGGUGCUCAAAAUCUCACUCCACGGUCAUUCAGUUCGCCGAGAACUUCCGCCGCUACGCAUCGAAGUCUGGUUACGCUGAUGUAGAACUCAUCCGACGCAUCGACAAC